CACUGUUGUUGUGACGGUAGCCGCCUCGAGAAGGGUGUGGGCCCCGCCGGGAGGUUCCAACACCUUAAACAGUUGACGUGGCGCUGCGAUGCUCACAGGACAGUGGCUGGUGACGGAGGCCUGUGCGGUGCGCCGUGUCCCUGCAACAUUGUGAACCUGCAGAACUUACAUUUUACACAUUAACACCAGCUCUCAACGGGAAGGUACCGAUAUAUUGAUUGCACCUCAUUAGACAAAGCACAGGAUGGGGAGUACUGAAGAAAUAACCAAAGGACACUCUGUGAAGAAAAAAAUGGCCAUGGGAGAAGAGGAAGAUUCUAACUCCAAUUCAAAAUCUAAGCCUGUCUCUGGGGAAACCACUCCUGACCCUCUGGAACAUGGAAUUGAUGACGAGCUGAAGCCCCUCUCAGGGACAGAGGCAAAGUCUAGUGGAAGUGAUACUGAAAGUGAACUUGAUACUUGCAGUAAACAAAGUGAUGAACCACAAGGAAUACCAGUUCAAGGUGCAAGGGCACGUAUUAGUAGUGAAAGCUCCUCUGAAAACGGUAAAAGCCCAAGCUCAGAACAAAGUAAAAGGCAGCGGACCAUAAGUGGUUCUUCUCCAGUCCAAAAUUUUCUGUUUCCUGGUGUGGCAGCAUCUCCACCAAAGUUUAUGUCCCUAGAAGAAGUUAUGAAAGCAGCAAAGGGUGUCAGUAAUAUGGUACUUGCUCAUGAAAUAGCAGUUGACAAAAACUUCAAACUGGAAAAGUUUGAUCCCCCAGACAACAGCAUUGAAAAGCAGGUAAGAGAUGUUAUGCAUAAAGCCUUUUGGGACCACUUAGCACAAGAGCUGUCUCAAGAUCCCCCCAGCUAUGAGCAAGCAUUAGUUCUACUACAGGAGGUCAGAGACAACCUUCUUGACAUCACUCUUCCACACCAUACCAGAUUGCGGCAAGAGAUUUCAGAAACAUUGGAUGUGGACCUUAUUAAACAACAAGCUGAGCAUGGUGUGUUGGAUUUUUCCCAGUAUUCCCAGUAUGUCCUGUCUAUAAUGGCCCGCCUGUGUGCCCCAGUGCGGGAUGAGACAGUCCGGAACCUGAUGAAGGAGAGUGAUGUUCUGUCAGUGUUCCGAGGAGUGAUGGAGACUCUGGAUCUGAUGCGUCUGGACAUGGCAAACUUCACCAUUCAGCAGAUUAGGCCGCACAUUGUUGCUCAGAGUGUGACGUAUGAGAAAAAGAAGUUUGCAGAGUACUUGAAGACACAGAAUGAUGGUUUGGAGCUGACCAGAGCAUGGCUGCUGAGUCAUGUUAAGCCAGAGGAUUUGACAGUACCUGAUGAUUUAGAAAUAAGAGGAGUCGUGAAUUCAGUCAUCAGUCGAGCUUAUAUGGAGCUUCUCUCCUGGCCUGAUGAAAAAGCAUUGCCUGAGACUGUGGUACUAGAUGGAAGUAGAAUACUGGAGCUAAGAGAUCGUCUGAGCCAAGUUUGCAUCUUGGGUUCUGUGCUUCUUGUGACACUCACAGCUGUUGGCCCAAUGAUCACACAACCUGACGCCUUUAAGCUGAAGUUGAAGCGCAACUUGUGCAUCAUCCUAGAUCCAGCAUUGUCAGACAGUGAAACAAUGGCUCUGAUGGACAAUCUGGCAGAGCAAGUUAUAAAGGAGGUAGAAGAUCAUCUUUCAGAGAAUGAGAAACCACAGCUCCCUCAGUCAGCUAAGAAUGCCCUCAAAGCACAGAUGCUAGAAAUCAAGAAUCCAGAGCAUCGGAUUAGAUCCCUUAUAUCUAAACGAUCCACGGAGUUCAUUGCCACCCUGUUGAGCUCAACUACUGCACGUCCAGUCCAGAUGCCACCUGGCCUCUCCACCCUGCAGGAAGAACUGGCUCACAUCUGUGGUACUUUGUUGCGUCUCGUGACUCACAACAGAUCUGUGUUUGGGGAAUAUUAUGUUGAUAUUUUGACUGAUCACAUCAAGACUGAAAGACAAAAGAAGCAAAGGGAAGAGAAAAAAGAAGAAAGUCCUGAAGAAAAUGCUAUUGCUAGUACAUCAAGUGAUUAAAUCAUUUAUUUGAGCUGAAGCUACUAAAUGUAAAUGUUUAUAAAACUAGAGCCUUGGAAAGUACAUGGCAUUCUUAACUUUGUUAGAUUAUUUGGUGCUUUUACUUAUUUAACAAUAACACUUUGCCUUUGAGGCAAAUAAAUAGCUAAGUACUGAUAUAAGAUGUAUUGGCAUAUAUUGUACUGUGUAUCAAUGUUGAUUACAUCUUAAUAAUCAUCUACUUAGCCUGAUAUGCUUCUAUCCAGAUAUUGGCACUGUGAUAUAGGUAGUCAGCACUUAAUCCAUAUAUGAAAUAUUUUAACCCCUGUCAUUGGAAACUUGUGCAUUUAUGGAAAUUGUGUCAAAAGUGUACCAUGUUACAUAGAAUAACACAUUCACACUGCUUAUGUGACCAGUAUAUGGAAAGAUGCCCUCCACUUGUUGCACACACACACACACACACACACACACACACACACACACACACACACACACACACACACACACUAUCUUGAAUUCACUUGCGGAUGUCAUUCAUCAUCUGGAGUCACGCUGUUUAUUGAAAUAUUUGCAUUUUCUGGAUAACUGGAAGUAAGAGCAACAUUAUACUGCAAUCAAGGGUAAUGUGUGAUCCAUGGCACAACAUCUCCCUUGUUCUAAUCAAUAAUAAGUCCAGUAACAUUCUGUUAUGAUAUACUGUUAUCUCAAUUACAAAAGAUUGCAUUGAAUUUAAUGGAACAAAAGUACAGUGUGGUGUUGUACUAAGUGUCCCAGUAAUAGUUAGUGUCAUUGGGCAUUAUCCAGAUCAUAUAUGGUACAUACAUUGCUCAUUUAGUCUGUCAAUAAUGUAAAUUUUCCUUGUGUCACUGAAUGGAGAGAAGACAAUCCAAAAUGCUUAAUUUUAUAUUAUCUUUUUUUUUCUGGUUUUAUAGUAAGACUAUUUUGUAAAUCAGAAUUGUCAUUUUUAUGUUUUGUGCUAUAUACCAAGGUCACAAGUUCAUAGCCCUUUAUGUGAAAAGAGGUGAUAUAUUAAGAUUUUUCAUAAAUAUAUUUUUUAGUAAACAUUGUUAUUUCUGGAGUUGUGUAAAUGCAUGUUAUGUAACCUGUACCCCCAUGAUGCCUGUGGUUCUUUGUCAGUGUGCUAGCUUAUUGUACUAAGGGCAAAAUUAAGGCUGUGUUGAAACAUGGCUGGUUGGAUGAAUAUUAACAAUACCAGAAAGGUGGGGCAUGAUAAUGCAUUGUGCUUAUGUUGCAUUGCAAAACACACACACACACACACACAAAAUCAUAAAUUAAAGAUACAUAUUUAGGCUACAAAAGCAAGGUAACAAACAAAAAGGGAGUUGUUCUUUGAGGAGAGACAGAGGAAACUGUCCAUUGCUAGAGAUAGAAAAAAAUAUAUGAAUAUUUUAUUAUGUAAAAAGGGCUAAGUGGACUGGAACAGGUGGACAGAGAACUCUUAAGGGGAUGGUGGCAGAAUAAGAGAUGGUUACAAACACAAAAUAUAAAGCACUAGAUGUAUAAUCAAUGUAAAA